GGGGAAGUCACAUGAUACGUAGUCGCAGAAGUCAUGCGACCGUUGUUUUGCUAGUGCCGUUAGCCUAGCAUUUCCCAACAUAUAAAUGCUCGAAACGUGUUUAUAAGUACACAAAGUCAAUGGUCAGCAGGAUGACACAGAAACACUUCCUGGAGGGUCAGGUGUACUCGGUACCUCUCAUACAGCUGGACCUCAGGAGAGAAGAGGCCGUUCACCAGAUAGCAGAUGCAUUGUUCUUCCUGGAGACCAUCUGUACCGAUAUUUUCAGGAGAGUGUCUGAGAGUGUGGAGAAAAAUCGCCACCACCUCCACAGUGUCACCGACCGGAUCCAACUGGUUCAGGCUCGCGUUGACCGGAUCAAAGGCAGUAAAAAAGCCACCAAGGUUUUCUCAAGUGCCAAGUACCCAGCUCCAGACCGACUCCAAGAUUACUUGUCUAUCUUCACCGGAGCCGCCGACCCCUCGACGGAAGACCGCCCUCGUCUUAGGAUACAGGACAAACUUCGCCCCUUUGAUGAAAAGACUUUACAGGAGAAACUGGUUUACUUCCCGAUGUGCGCAGGCAACAAGAAAAAGUCCGAGGAUGAGACGGAAGAAGGGCUGGGCAGCCUCCCCCGCAACAUCUCCUCUGUAAGCUCGCUGUUGCUCUUCAACACCACGGAGAACCUAUACAAGAAGUACGUGUUCCUCGAUCCUCUGGCGGGAGCUGUGAUCAAGACGCACACAACCAUCGAGACGGAAAAAGAGCAGAAACCUUUUGACGCUCCUUUGUCCAUCACAAAGAGAGAACAGCUGGAGAGACAGACUGCAGAGAACUAUUUCUACGUACCAGACUUGGGCCAGGUGCCCGAGAUCGACGUCCCGUCGUACCUGCCGGACCUGCCGGGCAUCGCCGAUGACUUGUCCUACAGUGCCGACUUGGGCCCUGGCUUCGCCCCAUCGGGACCCACACUCAACAUUUCAGAACUUCCCAUCUUCUCAGAGGAGAGCGAUGGAGCUGAGCUCCACCCGAGCAUUCUUCCUCCUCCUCCUCCUCCACCGCCACCACCACCUCCUCCUCCCUCAACUACAACUCCAUCAGGACCGCCUCCACCACCUCCACCGCCUCCAGCACAAACAACCCUGGAUGGAGUCAUAGUGGGCACCUCAGGCGCAGUGUCUGGUGCCCCCAGCGAGGUGGUCCAGCCCUCCGACGGUCGAGCCAACCUCCUGGAGUCCAUCCGAAAUGCCGGCGGCAUUGGCAAAGCCAAGUUGCGCAAUGUCAAGGAGCGCAAGAUGGAGAAGAAGAAACAGAAGGAGCAGGAGCAAGUCCGAGCAGCGUCCAAUGGCGGCGACUUCAUGUCCGACCUCUUCAACAAGCUCGCCAUGCGCAGGAAAGGUAUUUCUGGCAAGGGUCCCGCUGGUGGGGAUUCAACCCAACAGCCUGCCAGCGCCAGAGCGUUCGCGAGAAUGUCCGACGUCAUCCCCCCAUUUCCCGCCCCGCACACGACCGCAACAGACGACGACGACUGGGAGGUCUGAAAAGACUAUAAAAGAUUUCAUGCACUGAUAAUUAAGGUUUGGAAACCUCCGGAAAGUUUUCAGUAAAUUUCCACGGGAGGUAAGGAUGGGGAAUUUUCAAAGAGUAUUAUUUUCAAGCAUACAUAUUAACAUGUUUUGUCAUAAGCAGACAUCCUUGCUAAAAUAUAAUUUCAAAGCAUAACAUUUCAACAGAUUUGGAAGUAGAAAUGCAUCAAUUUUUAGAUAUUUUAUGACACCCAUAACAUUUGUUCUUUUCCCUCACCCAAUGCAUUCAAAUUCAAUUGUAUAGCCCUUAAUCACAAGUCUCAAAGGGCUUUACGGGCCCACUGUUGGUAAAGAUUGGCGACAUCCAUAAUCUACACCUGCUACUCGAAAUAAAACUCAAAACUCCAUUUUGAGUAAAGAAGAAAACCCUUAAAGGACCUGCAGUUGUGGGGAAUGUGCAGGCUGGAAUGAACGUCAAGUAGGCAACAUUUUAAAUCUGAAAUGAAAAUAUUUCUAUUCCCCCCC